AUGGCCACGAAUACGCAGACCACGCUGGCCCAGCGUCCUCCGGUCAACAUCUUUGCACCGUCCACGAACCAGACGAUGAAACGCGAAGCGCCAACCUCUGCGCCCACCCCGCGAAUUCGACUCUACAAAGAGUUCCUCACACCGGCAUUGCACCGCCGCUUUGUCAAUGCCGCCGCCGUCUCCCUCGUCCUCUGCUGGGCCGAUGCCACGUUCUUAUCGUCGUCAUUCUUGUCCUUUUCCCGCGCUGGUCUGCUGUGGUCAUGGUUUCCGCUAGGACCCACUGGCCUCCGCGCACUAUUGCUCUUCAUGCCAUGUCUUGCCGUCUUCAUUGUACGCGUGGCCAACAUGCACGUUGGGAAGCACGUGGCUUGCAGUGAGAGUGCUGCUUUUCUCGGUCGCUUUGCCGGCAUCAGUGGGGUUGGAAGCGUCCUUCAUACGGCUGGAUGGUAUGUCUGGAGCGCCGCGUUCUUCGUCGAGGWUUUCAUCUGGAGUCGCAAAGGCGCAAGUAAGGAGCUAGGAAAUUUGGACCUUGGACAGGAAUACGAGAGGCCGCGGUUGAACGAGAACCCCAUAUUCCUGCGAUGCCUGUUUUGGGUGCUAGGCCUUGUUCAAGCUGGACUACAUCUUCUGCGCGACUAUGAUCUCGUGGAGCUUCACACGGAUGAGGGCGAGGUGAAGAGGACCAACCCUUUCGUGGUAUAUCUCGGAAUCCCGGAGAACAUGAUCGAAAGGCUCCCAUUGGCGGUUCGCGCAAUCACGGAGCAAAGCGGUGCCAUCUUGAACCGGACUCUGAAGCUCGCGAUAGGCUGCAUCUUCAUUGUUCACUUUCCUGUAUACUACCUACUCGUCCGUCAGACAGCCUGGAAAUGGACAUACGUCCUCGUCAAGGCUUUCUUAGGCCAGCUUCCGGACUCAGCGCCGCCUACAGGAAUCGUGUACUUCCCAACGCUGAUGGGCCAGGCUAUCUAUACUUCAAUCAUGCUGAUAUUGCUAUGGGAAAUCUCCAAUGCUGCCUUCGGCGCUAUUGUGGCACAGCCGCCAUUGAAGAAGGGGGAGCCACUCACAAGCGAGAUCAAAGACUCUCGAGGAGCGGUUGUCCACCGGAGUCGGGAUCCCAACGGAAGCCUGUUGACUGGUUUGAAGAGCAAGAAACCUGUGCCCAAAGGGUUUGCAUUUUGGGAGCUGUAUAUCAUCUGCACUGAUUUCGAGACACGAAGAAAAAGCAUCUACACAGAAGUAGACCGUGCGGGUGGUAACACAUGGUCACAAAUCUGCAAGCUUUGUCUUGCGGAAAUCUCAGCCGUGCAAGCUCGAGUUGACGCAGCAAGUGAUCCAACCGCGUACCAGGCGAAGCUACAAGCCGAGGCGGAAAUGAAGAGACUGCGUGAAGAGUUGACGGUAAAUUCAGAGGAGGAAACAUCUGGACUGAGAAAGAUUGCGGAUCAAGGAGUCCUCACCAAUGCCGAUGUGUUCGCUAAACGCACACCUGACUUCCGUGCGUCAGUUGGCAACUUGACCAAGUCAAUCGGACAGAGCCCCGGUGCGGCAAACCCAGUCUCGCCGCACGCGAGGAAAGCCAUUCAGUGGACCGCGGACGCUGUCCUGUCUAAGAAAGACCAGCAGCGCUUGGCUGAUGCCACUGCGGCCAACGGCUCCAUACUGUUGGAGAGAUUCCUACCAAGACAGUACCUCAUACAGUUUUUGGAGACUCCCCUGGGCGCUCCUUUCCGGCAGACACUUGGCAGAAAGUUGUGCAGUGCAGUAUUUGGCCAAGGUGAGAGUGGAAAGGGGAACCUGAUUCAUGCUGUGAAGAUUUUGGAGAGCCUGAUCAUAUUCUCCCUUCAAGAAGAUCAGUUUGGCUCUGUACAGAAAGAUGUGGCAGAGGUUGUCAGGACUUUGACUGCUACUGUGGUUUUGAUGGAGAAGUUUGUGAGAGAGGCCAGACCGCAUUGGAGCGACGUCGAGCAUCCGAGGAUAUCGAUCGAAAGGGCAGAAGUUGCGCAAGUCUUGUUCAUCCUCAAGCAGAGUCUUGAGCAGAUCGUGCUUAGUUUCGGCGAGUAUGCGAGUGCGCUGGGCCUGAGCUUGAAGGAGGUCAGAGAAGCAAGGGAGGCUGCUGUUAUUGCCCCAGUCAGUACGCCAAUUGAGGCUGCCCCGGAGAGGCGGGCAGAUCAAGCUACCGGGAGAGAGAGAAGGACAGAUGGCAGAGCUCAACAAAGAGAGAGAGAUUUAGGAAGACCGGAGAUGGAAGAGGUCGAGAGACCUAGGCGGCGACGAGGAUGA